AGGCAGCGCGCCAUGAAAUUUUGACUGAACGGAGUCUAAGCGUAGAUUUACGUCGCGAGAUAUAAGUCAAAUUAGGCGCUCGAGCGAAAACUUGAUUUUUUUUUCGUUUUAGAAGAAAAAGAAUACGAUAUCUUCGAGUUAGAAAAGACUGUUUAAAAUAGAGUUUUUUUGUGGAAUAUGGAUUGAGAGGAACAAAGUUGUGUUUAGUUCUUAUGCUCUUUUUGGAUUAAUAUUGUGUUCACUACUGCAAAUAUUUCGGCGGAACGAUUUGUGUACUAUGUUCUUAGUAAGUGCCGUAGAGUUAGAAAAAUUACUUUAUUGUGGCUUUUAAUAUGAUGAUUUUGUCCUCAAAUACCAGCGACCUGGACACCUUCCUCUGCAAACAGGAAUGGGAACGGCGCCUGGAAGAGGAGCUGGACAAGCCGCGGCGCGACUCCGCCUCCCAGAUCGACGACUUCUUCGACGCCGGCGGGGGCGGCGGCGGCCACGCCCCCUCCGCCACCCUACCCUCCUCGCCGCCACCCCCGCACCGUUCCGCCCACACCACCACCACCAUGAGCUACGUCUCUAUGAGGACGUUGCCGGGCAACGACGACGACGUGUUCCUGCGGCCCGCGCUCUGGGAGGACAUAGCCAGCAGUAUUCAGAACAUCGAUCCGGAGAACGCCAACAUGCUGGUGGGGCCGGCGGGGCACGUCGUCAAAAUGGAGGUGGGAGUGGGAGGGGAGGAGAUGGUGGUGGGGGGUUGCCAGACGGCGCCGUCGCCGUUGUUGUCACCGUUGGAGAUCAAGACGGAAAAGGUCCUCCAAGCCCCCACAGGACCAACGCUCCACCUCAUGGGCACACCAACUAGUCCUUACCAGCAACAGCCGACCAGUCCGCAACAGGGGCAACAGCCCCACUACCACCAACCUCAGCCUCAAGCCACCAUGCACCACCUCACCCACAACAACAACCAGUACAAAUACAACAAUAACAAUAAUAACAAUGUUCUGCCUCCAGGUCCAGCACCAGGUAGCACCCUCUACCCGAUGUCGAGGCUAAUGUACGUCUCCCCGCUCACGCCGCCCAGUUCCGAACCUGGGUCACCGGGCAGUGCGUUGCCCAGAAGGACGCCUCCCCCACCCUACCACGGGCCCGGAUGUCCACCCCAGCAACCCCCACCACCACCAGCUUCGACGGUACCGCGGUUAGUGGGGAUGAAGUACAACCGGCGGAACAACCCUGAGUUGGAGAAGAGGAGGAUACACCAUUGUGAUUUUAUCGGCUGUACGAAAGUAUAUACAAAAAGCUCACAUCUGAAAGCGCAUCAGAGGAUACAUACAGGGGAGAAACCAUAUCAAUGUCAAUGGCCAGAAUGCGAAUGGAGGUUCGCGCGAUCAGACGAACUCACCCGCCAUUACAGGAAGCACACCGGCGCCAAACCCUUCAAGUGCGGCGUCUGCGAAAGGUCCUUCGCCCGGUCCGAUCACCUAGCCCUUCACAUGAAGCGUCACCUACCCAAAACGGCGAAAUGAACCCUUCUACUAGGCGUUUAGGUUUACGGAGAUUCAUCAAAGAGAUGGGUACAUCUCGUAAGGAAAAACUUAUGUUCAGCAAGAGAGUUGGGUUAGAGUCAGUAGUUAGAUACAUUACUGACUGACUUUCUUUCGUCGAAGCUGAUCUUGCCCUUGAUACUUUAAGGUUAAUGUUAUAUUUUUGAGACGUCCUGUAUAUAUAUAUAUAUGAGAUAUUGUGCAAAAGUCCAGUUGUGGAUAUUUUCGUGUUGUAUGUAUGUAUUUCAGAGAUAUAGAGGAACAAAAAUUAUUACCGCCACAAAUUAUUGAGCCUUCAAAAAAAUUGAUUACAAAUCAUAUAAUUACAGGAUAGCUGGAUGGCUCUAAAUACAGGGUGUCCCAAUAUUCCUUGAACAUUAAUUAUUAACAUAUUAUGUGUUCAUGUUUUCUCUAUGAAAAAGUGCUUUUCCGGUAUUUAUCUUUUGACCGGCCAGGAAAACAUUAGAUUAUCAAAUGUAUUUUCUAAGGGCCCUUGAUUAAAAAUUAGUGAUUUUAACACAGCCAUGGCACUGUAUAGAUUGAAAUUUAAGAGCCUAUUACGAUAUACUUUCGGGUCGCUCUCCGGGGUCGGGUAAAGCGGGUGGGUGGCCGAAGGAAAUAUAGGUAUAUUAUAUUUCAGAAAUCUGCUUAAGGCUUAGCCCCAAAAUUCCAAAAACACGUUCUUUGAUUAAGGUUUGCAGAGCUUCAGCAUAAAAUAGCGAGCAAUUUGUUACAAAACCAUAUAAAU